AGGACCGAAUCCGUUUCCGUUUCCGUUGAAUCAGUUCCCAAUUAUCUUUCGUUUGAUUUUUAAUCUCAUACAUUGCGACAUUUUCGUUUGGCUAAAUCUUUAAAUUUAGGAGCUGUGUCAUUGUCUAUUUCUCUACUUGUGUUCUGUUUGGUUGCCAAGAAGCUGAAAUUUUAUAUUCUUUAUAUUUUUUAUUUUUUGGGACCUGAGAAAGAAAGCAAAAUCUUGACUGAACGGAGCCUGGCGCAAUUGGUCUCUUUAGCUAAGGAUUUAGGAUCCAACAUUUAUUUUCGCCUUUUCUUGUUUUAUUGUCUGCCAAACAGAAAGCUGGGGCUUUAUCUCUCAAUUAGUAGCACAUGGUGUCUGAGGAUUUAUACAUAUCGUUGUUGUUCGCUUUUUCCUCUUCCGGUGGGCAUUGAUGAUCAGUUAGAAAGGUUACAGAGGAGUUUCUUUUGUGAGGAGAUAUGAAUGAAGAGCUUAGGUUUGAUUUGGUAAAUUGGUCCAAGGUAUGUUAUCACUGAGGAUUACGUGUUAGAAACCUUAUUCUGUUCAACCGAGCCUUGUUGGAAUAUGGUUAUGAAGGUAUGUUUUUGAAAUAGAGACUUUGGCGGUUGGUUGUGAGUGGUGUGGGUUGUGUUCUCUUGAGGCAAAUUUCUUGUAUGAUGCCAGCCUUUGUAAAAAUAUUUGGAGGGGCUCGGGAGAGUUUUCCCAUUCUAUUAGAGAGCCAUGUGGUUGCCCAGAAUCAGGCCAACAGAAAGGUGGCUUGCAGAGCCACUAUGGCGGCCGAUCUGGGCCUCCAUUGUGUGGCACCCGGGAGAUGCACAUAACAGUGUCGGUGGUGGAUUGGUGCUACAAAGACAAGUUGGGAAACGGUUGAUCAUCUCUUGCUCUAUUGUGAGGAUCUGGUACUUAGGCUAUGGCAAGUUCCAAGGGGUCAUCAAGUAUAAGAAAUUUUAUGUGCUCUGGAAAGCAUGCUCUACUUCCUCCUAAAAGUCCAUUUCCCAGUGUUUCCCCACCAUAUGCUGAUUUCCCUAGUAAUGCAGUUGGAUCAAAAUCCAUUCAGAAGCCUAGAGAGGGAAAUGUACAUCACCAACGAACUUCGUCCGAGAACCUUCUCUUAGAGGAGCAACCUUCUUGGCUUGAUGAUCUUCUUAAUGAACCAGAAACACCUAUUCGCAGAGGAGGUCAUAGGCGCUCAUCAAGUGAUUCCUUUACUUACAUUGACGCAGCACAUGUUUCUAACUUAGAUUAUGUAGCUCAGGAUGAGUACAAAUAUAAGAAUUUGAUUUCUGUACCUUCUUGGGGAUCUGAAGACUUUGAGCAUCACAAAGAUGUGCAGCAUGCUUCAUUAUAUGCAGACUUCAACUUGGCAAAGCAGAAUAAUAGGGCAUGGGAACCAUCUUACAAUGUUGUGACUAACCCAAGCAGCCAUUCUAUCAGGGAUAACACUGUUCGCUGGAGUUCAGGAUCAUCAUGUUUACUACAGGAAGCUGAUGGGUUUCAAUCUACAGAAAGCGAGAAGCAGGACCAAGUUGAAUACAAUUCACAAGAUGCAAAAGCUUUUUCUGAAAGAAGGGAUGGUUCUCAUGCUAAGGCUUCUGCUUCCGAGACGGAUACAAAACGUGCUAAGCAGCAAUUCGCUCAACGUUCACGGGUCCGGAAGCUUCAAUACAUAGCUGAGCUUGAAAGGAACAUACAAGCUUUGCAGGCAGAAGGGUGUGAAGUUUCAGCUGAACUUGAAUUUCUCAAUCAACAGAAUCUUAUUCUGAGCAUGGAGAACAAAGCCCUUAAACAACGGUUAGAAAGUCUAGCUCAGGAGCAGGUCAUAAAAUACUUGGAGCAAGAAGUAUUGGAGAGAGAGAUUGGGAGGCUACGAGCCUUGUAUCAGCAGCAGCAUCUACAGCAACAGCAACAGCAGCCAUCUUCUAGCCAUCGACGCACUAACAGCAGAGACCUAGCUUCCCAAUUCGCUAACCUCUCUUUGAAACACAAGGAAGCCAAUUCAGGCAGUGACCCUGUAACGGGUCCACUUCGCAUAUAGGUUGUGAUCUGUCAAGAGCUGUGUAUGUUUCCCUCCUCGAUUGGCAUUGCCCUGUCUGUGACCAAAUUUGCCGUUUCCCUUGUGCGAAAUAACUGAUGCCCUCUCUCUGCCAGAUUCUUGCGGUUUCAUUCCCUUUUUUUACCUGUCAACUUGAUAUCUUCAUGUGCACCUGGUAGUCAUUGCCAGAAAAUUAUUCAUUUCUGGCAGGUGACUUAUCGGAGGUGGUAACUCAAAACAGAUUUGAUGUGUCAGUCUGUAUGUUUCCGAGAACAUUAAUCCAUUGAAGUCUUUUCUCCAUUUGUUGCCCAUUGAGAAUUCCACAUUUGUUGAGUUGAACCCCGUGCAGAGAUCUUUAGUGCAGUUUGGAUGUACACCAAUUAUAGCAAGAUAAUGCGUACUUGUAAAAUGUUUUUAAUGAAACCCAUGUUUUUUAUUGGGUUUUGUUUUUGGUAUGGUGAGAAAUUUAAUUUCUUGAAUGCACA